CAUUGGCGCAUAUUUUACAUUCUGUUUUCUUUCAACGAUCACAAAUUUACAAUUGAUACGCAGUUGGAGUGAAAAUCGUUUUUGGAAAAAUUACCUUUAUUAAAUGCAUAUUAACGACUUCUUUAACUUCAUUAAGUGAAAAGCUACGUUAAACUUUAGUGGAGUGACUGUAUUAUCAGCAAAACCAUAAAGGUGCUCUAAAAGGAGCGUGACAAGUGAAAUAAGGAAAUCUUGUGUGAUUAACAAAAAAGUGAUUGUCACUAGCGCUGGCGUUAGAGACGGUGAAAUAUUCGUAAUAAAUGUGAAAAUAAAUAAUAAUAUCCUAUACACAUAUUUAUUUAAUAAUAAAAAAAGUUUCAAAAUGAGAACGGAAAUACCGAGCCAGAAACGGUGCAUUCAUCUUGUACUGCUAAUGGCAUUCGUAUUAAGCACAUUGGUGACAGCUGAUUAUGUUGAAAUAAAAAGCACAGGAUCGUCAGUAAUUGGUGGAACUGUAAAUUUCAGUGCUGUGCUUUACGAUGAUGGUCAAGUCGCGAGUACGGGAGAUUACAUGUUCAACUGGGAGGAUAAUACACCAGCUGCUAAUAAUGUGAAAAUCAAUACAAAAUAUCCCUAUAGCAAUUGGUCUGUAACAUAUCCGAUGAAUACAAGCAAACCUGGUGAUUAUCGGGUCACAUUAAAAGUCGAUAAGAAUUAUAUAUUAUGGAUAAAUAUAGCAACGAAUCACAUUGAUUUCAAAUUGGAUGACUCCCUCGGCGGUGAUAUGCUGCUGCUGCAAAACGAUACCAAACCAAGAAAAAAUUUUAUUUCUACCGCACAGCCGGUCAAUCACACAAUACAGUUGCGGCCAAACGAUGCCAAGUUAAUUGCGGACAAAGCCUACGAAGUACAUACUUAUUGGUUCAGAAAUUGUACUUACAUUGGUGUUAUCAAUGGACUUAGUUACGUAGCGCAAUAUACUGAACCUGAUCAAUAUUAUAAAAUUGAAGCUUUGGUCGUGGCGAGUUUCGAGAAACCACCUGAACCUAUAACUACGACAACGACGACAACAACAACACCAAUACAUACAACCACACCUGCAACAACCACCACCACUCACAACCCGAACAAUGAUACCACUCCAAAAACAAAAACUCCAACAGUAAACCCCACUACUCUGGCGCCAAGACAAAGGCGACGUCGCGGUGCAGCUGCACCGAUACCAUUAACGUCACUACCUGCGCAGCAAGCAUUAACUGUCAACACAACUGUGACUGAUCAAGUGCACGAUGCCGUUGCUUUGAAUACUACAACAAAAGCAGCAUCCAAAAAAGUCGACUUACCCAUACUUAUGUCGCCACUGCUGUUGGAUGGCGAACCACCCUAUAAUUGUGUCACUGGGCAAUUAAUUGGACAUGGGCCUAAAAAUCUAACCGGCCUCUUUAAACAUUACGUGGAAUCAAAAGCUCCCGUUUCGGACUUCAAGGCUAACGGUCAAAAUUGGCUACAACGCGGUGAUAUGAUGCGCCUACAAGUGAAUUGCAAAGGCUCACCUUCACUGGAGAUGUGUAUUCAGGUCUUCAACGCUCCAUAUAAUGCCACCGGCAACGAGACUUGCCGUUACUAUUUCCCACUCGAGAAAUGCGAAUACAAUUACACGCGUUUUUUCUACGAGAGCAAAACAGUUUUAUUUUUCAUACGCAAUGAAGUGUCUGAAAAGCUGAAUCAGGUCACAAUUAAUAUAUACGAAGCAAAAGUGCAAUCGCAAUUAUCUGUUGUGGUGGUGCCGGUGUCAUUCACUUUAAUCGCUGUAAUUCUAAUCGUUUUCGGUGUCUCUUAUUAUUUGCAGUCGCGAAAUCGUUUCACAGUAGAAGUGGCCGAUUUUAAUUUUGGCGAGACACAAUCUGUUGAUAUGGAGUACAAAACAUUUCAGCAACGUCUUAUCGACAGCAUACGUGAAGUGUGGCCUAGGCAACGACGCUACUCCGAAUUCAAUUCAGACAUGGAGCCGGAGUUUGAUCACAGUGGUCGCAUUGGCGGCGCCUUUGAUAACAGUGAGCAAAGACCCCACGUUGCUGACGAGGAAAAUGAAAAUAAUGCAACAACUAGCGCUGGAAGUGGCAAUACUACUAUAGAUAGCAAUCUCAGAUAUAAUGCAUUGACUUAAGUUGUGAAGAUCGUAGAUAUUAGAUUUUAGAAUUUAUACAAAUUUUGAAAAACGUUUUUUUUUUUUGACUUUUACAUUUAUAAUAUGCACAGAAAGUCAGUUCAAAGUCGUUUGAAUCUUCAUUCUAAUUUGCGAUUACGUAUUUAUAACGAGCUGGUAAUGGUAUUUGUGUAUUUCAUAGUAAUUUCUUUUUUUUUUUGUUUUUGAAUUGGUUUAGUUGCAACAUGUAUUGCUUUUUAUUUAUUUAUUUUUUGUUUUGUGCUUAGGGUAUAUUUUUUGUAUUCACCCGUAUAUUUAAUUUUGUAUAUAUGAAUUCAUGUACCGUUUAUUGAACGCAUGCAACUAACUAUAUUAAAAUUGUGCAUGCAUUUUGUUAUAAUAUUACGAAACUACAAGCACUAAGCAUAUAACGCUACACACUCAUCAAAAGGUAUAUAUUAUAAAAAUUGUUAAGAAAAUCAGAAAGGAGAAACAUUUCAAUUCCCAUAUUUGCCAAAUCGUAUAAAGUCCAAUAAAUGUAAAAUUUAAUACCGAAAUGUUCGUACAAAAAAUUUGGCAAUUAUUAUUUUUUAUGGAGAUUCCUCUUGGUGUAAGACUGUAACACUCUUAGCAGGCAGCGAUAUAGGUGUUAUACAUAAAUAGGUAAUUAGAAGCACAUGCAGAAAUGAAAUAUGACGAUGUCCACAACUAAAGCUGCAAUUCGUUGAAAGAAUACAAAUACAUAUAUAAAGCUUACAACUUUUGUUCUUUAAAUGCUGUGCAAUGAUGGCUUAAGGAAAAGGUUACUCACUGAAAAUAUUUCUACUCCGCAUAUUUUUACUGAGUUUAUUAAACACAUUCGCUAUUGUGGUAUAUUUGAUUGUGAUAAUUGAUGAAAAAAUUUAUUGAAAUAUACUUUAUAAAAUAUUUUAUGCAGUGCUCGACACACAAAUACAUCACGAAGAAAUACAAGUUUACAUUGUAUACUGAAACACAACUAUUAACUAUAGAAAAUUUUUCAAAAAUUCUAAAUACUUUUGCAACUUUGGGCUAUCCACUUUUUUGCUUCAAUAAACGAUUAUGAUUUCAUGUUAUGUAUGAGAAAAGGCAUAUUAAAAACAUGUAUAUCCAUUGUAAUAUGUUAAAAUAGUUUGAGUUGACUUAAUGCGCGCAAUUUGAGUUUUUAAGUCAACUAAUCGCAUCACAACAUGGUAUUUUAACCUAAACUAUAGCUUAACAUCGGAAACUUUAUAUUGCGUUAAAACAUAGAUAAAUCAUAUUUCCAUAUUCCCACUAGAAAUCGAGUAACUAUUUAGUUUAAGUCGUAUUAAGCUACUUUAACAUGUUGACACAUAUAAAUUAUAAAUAUGAAUUGUUGAAUAUAAGCAAAAC